GUGUAUUUGACUGUCGACUGAAGAAGUAUGGACAUCUCAACUAUCAUGUUCUACGUUAAAAUGUGGGCAAUCGGCAUUUUAUUUUAUUUAAAUGCAGUGCUCUGUAAUACUGUCAAUAACUUUGUUUAUGACAGUAAUCCUUCUGUAGCUCUUUUACAGAAGUAUAUCCAAAUAAAUACAACAACUUACAACAAUUUGGAUAAGGCUGUUACAUUUUGGACUAAUUUGGCAGCAGCUCAAGGAGUGGAAAUAAAAAAAUACGUUUACAAACCUAAUAUGCCGGUAUUGGUGCUAAAGUGGCCUGGCACCAAUCAGAGCUUGCCCGGCAUCAUGCUUAACUCGCAUAUGGACGUAGUGCCAGCGUCGGAACAGGAUGGAUGGUUGUAUCCUCCUUUUGCUGGUCAUAUAACGCAAGAACAAGAUCGCAAAAUCUAUGGUCGUGGUACUCAGGACAUGAAGUCGGUCUCGAUUCAGUAUUACGAGGCUUUAAAGAGGCUCAAAGAGAAAAAGAUUUCUCUUUUAAGGACAGUAUAUAUGACUCUUAUGCCUGAUGAAGAAGUAGGCGCUGAAGCUGGUAUGCUCUCGUUCUUGCCGUCUCAAGAAUUCAAAGCCAUGAAUGUUGGUUUCGAGCUUGAUGAGGGUGGUGCUCUGAAUGUACCUAUGAUACCUGUGUUUGUCCAAGAUAAAGUGGUCUGGCAAAUACAAGUAGAUUGCCACGGCGUUGCUGGACAUGGCUCUUCGUUCCAACCCACUAAUGCUACAGCGACUGGAAAGUGUCAUAAUGUAGUGACCAACAUGUUCGCGUUUCGGGACGAACAGUAUCCUUUAUUCGCUAGUGCACCCAGCAAUGACUCCAGCGGUUAUACAUCAGUGAAUCUUAAUAGAGUAUCUGGCGGAACAGCCAACAAUGUGGUACCGAAUGUGGUUAGCCUCACGUUCGACAUCCGACCGAGUACGAAACUUAAUGAAGACAAACUUCAGCAAAUGUUGGAGGAAAUGGUAUACUCAGCGGGCGACAAUAUAACAAUCACGUAUAUCUCAAAGAACCCCCAGAGUCCAGCGACAAUGGCCAACUCAACCAACCCCUUCUGGAACGCCAUUCAGAGUGCUGCUACUGAUCUAAAUAUAACUUUAGUAACGGCAGUGCCGCCGGGAUCCACGGAUGCUCGUCACGUGCGUUUAGCUGGCGUUCCAGCAUUUGGAAUGGCACCACAACGGAACACACCAACCCUGCUACAUGCCGUCAAUGAGUACCUCGGCGUCAAUACAUUCUUAAGCGGAAUCGAUUUUUACGAGAAAGUGAUUAAAAAUAUGGCUAGUGUACCUGCCAAUCUAGCUCGAAAUCCCAGUUCAUACUUGUAUAAUACCACAAUAGGAUAAAAAAUAUUUAUGUAUGUAAAAUAUUUAUUUAUAUAAUAAAACUGUUUUGUUUUCUU